CAACUUUAUCUCGUGGAAUCGGGAUAGAAGAUUACCGUCUAUUUUUAGCGUCGACGAGCAUCAGCUGACGCGUUUUCGCGCCAUUCGAGAUCGGGCCAAGCAGAAGCAGUCUUGGCACGGCUUUAAGAAAGCUGUAGAGACAACCAGAGAAGGAGAGAAGCUGGAGAAGUCGAGCUACACAUCAGCUGACGCGCCAGAGUCUCGUGUCAAGCAGGGGUGUUCUUCUCACGGCGCAGGUGAGGCUCUGAGAGGAUACUCACGGCCAUUAAAAGGGUCGAGUCGAGGCAACGUGGUGUUGUGACAUCCCAAGCAAGGCCGACACAAUGGUGAAGCGCGUUCUGGUACUCCUCUCAACGGGCAAGCAGGGCAGAUGCGUAGUCGAAACGCUGUCCGGACGCCAUUUUCAGGUGAUAGCACUCGCACGCACCGCGCAAGGGCCCGUCGCUCAGCAGCUGGCCUCGCUGCCAAACGUGUCGUUGCUCGAGGGCGAUAUCGGGACUGAGGAAUCAGCCAACAGCGUGCUUGUCCGCGCUUCAGCCGAUGGCCCUCUCAAUGGCGUUGUGCUCAUUCAGCGCGACGAAUACGCCGUGAAAGACGGCGAGGUCGAAGAGGCCAAGCGCGUCGUCGAGCAGGUCAAGAAGCACCACGUUGGCCACAUCGUCUACCUCGGAAUGGAUAUGAGCACAACAAAAGAAACAACGAUCCCAUACGUCGAGAACAAGCGCCGUGUGGAUGCGCUCAUACGAGAGAGUGCCUCUGGCGAGAAUGCAUACAAGUGGACGAUCCUCAGGCCUUCAACCUUCUUUGAAAAUCUGACUGAUGAUCCAUCCCAGGCCGGUUUCAUGAUCACGCUAUGCACAAAGUUGAUCCGAAAGCCAGCGCCAUGGGUCAGCACCCGGGACACGGCCCACUUUGCUGCCGCAAGCCUCGAGAGUCCCGGCACUUUUCACGGCAAAACCAUUCCUUUAGCCGGCGACUUGGUAGACCGCCAACGGUUCGAGGAAGAAUGGCUGCGUGCGGGCUUGCCUAAAAGAAUCCUCGAUGAGGUUCCAGAGAGCGCCGUCAUCCAGGCUCUCGAGGGUACACUGACUUACGGGCUAAUCGAGUUUCUUAAUUCGACAAACGCCGAAGUCGACAUUGCCCACGUGCGGGCCAUUCAUCCGCAGGUGGUCGACCUUCGAGCGUUUCUGGAGGCCAACAAGGACGUCCUCGCCGCCUCGCUCAACAACAAGCAGUGAACGCAAUCUCUGCACUGUCUGACACUCGUCUGAAAUGAGAACACAGUGGGUUCAAUGCAUAGAGUACAGUACAGACGCGACACCUAGCGGCCUUCCUUGUAAUCUAAUAUACGGCACUUGACGAGUCGAUGCCCUUGUUUCGGUGAUUCUGCGGAUCUCGCUUUUUAGUAUAAAUCGACUCAAAUUUCCCGUUCGCCAAUC